ACUGUUGGGAGAGGCUGCUCAUUUCCGCUGGAGCUCUAGGAUGUGGGUGUGAGUAGGUAGGAAAGGAAGGCAGAUGGCAACAAAGAACAGCCCCACGCCCCUGGGAACAGCUCAGGGGGACCCUGGAGAUGUAGGGACACUGCCAGGGCCCGAUACUGGCAUCAGGAGCACAGUUUCGCCCACUCGGCAGAUGAAGCCCCGGAAGGGGCACAACUUCAAGGCCCUUAUCAUUGACCUUGGCUCCCAGUACUGUAAGUGUGGCUACGGGGGAGAACCAAGGCCCACCUACUUCAUCUCCUCCACGGUGGGUAAGCGCAGUCCCGAGCUGACAGCGGACGCUGGCGACACCCGCAAGGAAACCUACGUGGGCCACGAGCUGCUCAACAUAGAGGCGCCUCUGAAGCUGGUCAACCCGCUGAAGCACGGCGUGGUAGUGGACUGGGACUGCGUGCAGAGCAUCUGGGAGUACAUCUUCCACACGGCCAUGAAGAUCUGCCCCGAGGAGCACCCGGUGCUGGUCUCCGAUCCCCCACUCAGCGCCAGCAGCAACAGAGAGAAGUACGCAGAGCUGCUGUUCGAGACCUUCUGCAUCCCGGCCAUGCAUGUGGCGUCCCAGGCGCUGCUCUCCGUCUACUCGUACGGCCGGACCACGGGGCUGGUGGUGGAGAGCGGGCACAGCGUAUCGCACGUGGUGCCCGUCUCCCAGGGCGAGCUGCUCCCGGGCCUCACCAGCCGCGCCGACUACGCAGGUGGCGACCUCACCAACUAUCUGAUGCAGCUGCUCAACGAGGCUGGCCACAAGUUCACGGAUGACCACUUGCACAUCAUAGAACACAUUAAGAAGAAAUGCUGCUACACGGCGCUCCUGCCCGAGGAGGACCAGCUGGGCCUGGAAGAGCUGUGCCUGGACUACGAGCUCCCGGAUGGCAAGGUCAUCACCCUCAGCCACGAGCGCUUUCGCUGCGCUGAGGUGCCCUUUCGGCCCUCCCUGGUGGGCUGCCCGCAACCCAGCCUCCCCGCUCUCACGGCUGCCUGCCUGCAUCGGUGCGAUGAAGCAGGCUUCAAGGAGGAGAUGGCCACCAACGUGCUGCUGUGCGGGGGCUGCACCAUGCUCGACGGCUUCCCCGAACGCUACCAGAGAGAGCUGAGCCUGCUCUGCCCUGAGGACAGCCCCAUAGUGGCUGCUGGUCCCGAGAGGAAGACCUCCGUGUGGACUGGUGGCUCCAUCCUGUCCUCCCUGGAGGCCUUCCAGCAGCUGUGGGUCAGCAGGGAAGAGUUCGAGGAGCGGGGCGGGGCAGCCGUGUACACCAAAUGCUGAGGGGCGGCCCAGAUCGCAGGCUGCGGCCGCUCUAUAUACACU